CUAAAGCUAAUGUUGUGGAUUCGCCCUGAUCCUACCUCUAGGUUUGGGAAAACAAUCUGACCGAUAAUUCGCCGGUAACGUCUACAUAUUCCGCCCGUUAGAACGCCGUAGCGCUUGACAAUGACGCCAGCGUUUGAUUGGUUAUAAAGUUUAUCGCUGAAUUUUACGUUAGCGUCAAUGUGACGUCAACAUUCGUAGAGAUUUGCAUAGGGUUAAGUCAAAGUACGAAACAGCUUGUUUGAUAGACGAGAGGCUGAUGCACACGUUUCCCAUAUUUUGUGUCUCAGCCUUUAGAAAUGGCGACGUGGAGCGACGUUGAGCUCCUGAUCAACGAGGAUACAAACACCGGCCGCCUGGACAAUGUGUCAGGAGAGCAAAAUGGGAGCUGCUUGUAUCAGGUUGACACACUGGUCAAAAUCUCUUCAGCCGAUAAGGUAGCAGCAGAUCCCCAGCUUUCGUCCUUUGGUGCAUCAAAUUGGAGUAUUGUCAUCAUUGACAAGACGGUGAUCCUGUUAGAUCAGAGUUUUCAGACCAUCUUGCUUCUUCUCCACUUUGAAACUGAUGUGGACGCCGUUGACGUUUGCCUUGAGGGACAAUUUUUGGUGGUCUGUGAAAGAAAUGGAAACCUUCAUUUGAUCUAUGUUCCACACAAAAGAAUCCUCUUCACAAGGGCAUUGGUUGACAAAGCAUCCAGUGAAGAUAAGAAAACCUACCGCUAUCUCAUCAUAAAUGAGGACAAGUCAUCUCCUGGGUUGUACCACGUCUUUCUGCUUAUAAAGGAUGGCUUUUUCCACAUUUCAAACCUCGCUCUGACUCAGAUCGAGACAGCAUGUGAGAAUAUGGAUGUUGGAGCUUUGAAAGAGCUCCAGACUAUGAUUAAGGUGGGCUUCUGCUCCACUGAGGAUUACCACGAUGAGGGCUGCAGUACAGCGGUGAUCUUCAAUGUUGGCCUCGAAAUCAACCUAAUGAUUGGGGGGGACAAAGAAAACGUAGUGACUCGCUGGAAGAUGGAUCCUCUUCAGGGAAAGAUGUGCUUUGCUCAGUCCAUCAACAACAGCCUGAUUCCUCGCGUGAGAAAGAUGGUGGUGAUGGAAAACCUGCUGUAUAUUUUGGACUCCGAGGACGUUCUGAGCGUUUGGGACCUGCAUUUUCUCGUCAUGAUUCACUGCUGGCCAGAGCUGGCCAUUCACGACUUUGAACUAACCACGGAGUGUGGCUCUGCCUCCAUGGUGGCCCAAGACAAGAGCAGUUUGAAGAUGAUUACUCUGUUGAAGCAAGCCAACAGUCAGAUCAGCUCCCUUCAAAUAAGAUGUCUACCCUCCAUGAGCGUCUGCUACUCGCUUGAUGUCUCCUCGGUCUCCUGUCUCGUCCAGAUGAAAACAAACAUGGAUACAAUUUAUUUGGUCGAGGGGAUUUGUGAGAACCCAGAAAACCGUGGAGAGCCCAUAGCAUCUGUUGUCGUCAGAUGUUUCACAGAGGCCUUACCCGAGAACAGGCUGAGUCGGCUUCUACACAAACACAUGUUUGAGGAGGCUGAAAAGUUUGCCAUCGCGUUUGACCUUGAUCUAGAGCUCGUUUACAAAGUGAAGCUCGACUUCGUGCUGGAGCAGCUGGCCUCCGCGUCGGUGGGGGGAUUGGGACAGGACGUGUGCUCUGAGCUCGUGGAUGAGGCCAAAACAAACCUGAUGAAAAUCACAGAUGAGCAUUACGUGGUGAACUAUUGCCUCAAGGCUCCAUGGCCGACCUUUGAGACCACAGAGAAGAUGCUAAACCACGCUGCCUCGCUAGACCCCUCCUUACAGAUCCAGGAGGCCCUGGCUCGACUGGCGACGUUCUGCAGCCUCCACGGCUCGGAGAAUUUCAGUGGGGUCGCCUGGAUUGAGUUUCUGUACAGCACCGACAAUCUGGGAGACGUUCUGACCCACCUGAGAGAGGGAGACCUGAGGUGUGCGCAGCUUCUUUGGCUGAGAUACGAGGGACAGAUCGCUCUGGAGUUCGAUGAGAAGAGACUUGAGGAAAUUCUCGGUGCCAUCCCAGAGGACCUGCCGUCGCAGGACCUCUGUCCUUGGUUCAGGACCGUUUUUGUCCCUUUCGUGAGGAGAGUCCUCCCAAGAGGACAGAGAAUCCUGGCGAAAUGGCUUGAGCACAAAGCAAGAAAUCUGGAGCUAACUGAAAAGGGUCGUUGGCCUCAGAACGGGCUGGAUUUGGCUGUGCUUGGACUUCCCUCUUUGUGGACCUGGAUGAAAUACAUUGAGGAUAAUGAUUGUGAGAAUGAGUUGCAGAGCCUCAAAUCCCUUGUGUCCAACCUCCGCCAGCUGCUGGACCUUCACCAGAAAUACAACUGCAGGCUGUCGCUUUCAGUCUUUGAAAAGGGGAGUGUGUGGAGCGUGGCGUUCUUCAUGCUGGACAAAGUUCCAGCUCCAGAGCUGAUUGCCACCACGGUGCAGACCAGCGUUCAGCCCUACGCCGCAGAGCACAAGCUGCCCUUAGAUGAAUUACUGCUGCAGUACAUCAAGGAUCUGUUGGAGCGCUGCAGCUCUCAGACCACGACGCUUUUCACAGGAUGGGAAGCCAAAGCAGUAGCUGUGCUCGGCUGCAUGACCGACACUGAUCUUAUGGUGGAUGCCGUGCUGGAGAUCAUGCAGAAAGCUGUGGUACCCUGGAGCAAUGUGGUGGAAAAACUCGUGCAGCAAUACUUGGAGAUGGAUGGACCAAAACAGGAGCUUUUGAAGGAGAGCUACCACAUGAUGGAGAUUAGAAAACUUCUCAGAGGCUACGGCAUCCGCAAUUUCAGCCUCUCCAACAGCACUCAAGCUAUGUCGCUGAUUCGAUACAUCCUGAAGCAGGACUUACCGACUUCUUUAGAAGACUCCCUGACACUAGCAGAAGCAUACAAACUACCAACAGUACAGAUAAAUUAUCUAUAUCUCACCCAGUUGAUAGGCCAAAGCAAGACUGAGGAGGUCCUGACUGUCCUGAAGAGGCUAUCUUCUGCAGAGGCAGAGUGUGUGAUCGAGCGUCUCACGUCGUGGGCUCGGCUGCAGCUGGAGGACAAAGUCCACAUAUCUGACGAGCACAAGAAGCACCAGAUGGCCGUGGCUCAGGUGGCGGUGGAGGCUCUAAAAUACCUGCAUUUAAUUCUGAAACACAAUCCUCUCAAAAGCAUGGAGUGCGAGCACAACCUCGUCAUGUUCAAGGCCAUCGCCCACCUACAGGAAGAUUUUGAUGUGUUCUUCACCCCUUCCAACUACGAAGAUCCCAACAUCAGAAAGCAAAUCCAGGAGCAUCACAUCACGGCGUAUGAAAACACCCGCGCUCGCCGUCCGUCCAAAGGGAAGGCUUUGUCCGCCCCGGUCGUGGCGAAUGAUCCGGACGGGAAGACCAAGACCAUCUCCACGGAAGCUGGCCUGCGGCGGCUCGGCAGGCAGCUGCAGCGCACCGAGCAGGAGCUCUGGUCCGACCUGGGCCUGCGCGCUCUGCACGCCGGGAAGGUGGAGAAGGCCCUCAAAAUCUUCAGCGAGCUGUACGAGCAUCACUACAACAGCAACACGGGGAAGGUUUUGUUCACCGCUGCCAAGAAGCUGUGUCAGAUGCUCCAGGCGGACAUUCCCAUGGUGAUUCCUGAAGGGAUGGAUUUGCCUGCAGUCAUCCACGAUCUGGCCUGCCAGGCCAUCACUUUGUGCAACUCGGACCUGCUUCUGGACUGCCUGGAGCUUUGCAAGUGCACACGGAUCGCCAUGGACGUGUAUCAUCAGUGCCAGUUAUCAGACGAUUAUGGAUUCGCAGCAAAGGACUUGAGUCUGGAGGCAGAAAAAGAUUCUUACUCCCAGCUGAGCUUCCAGGACGUUUUUAAUGAAGACUGCAUUGUUUUGGAUCCAGUGUCCGUUCUACCCGUGCAGUACGAAAUCACCAACUGCCUGUUGCCUAUUCCCCACGACACCAAACUGUUUCCGCUGGACUGUUCCUGUCUGUCUCACUGCUCCUUUGCAGACGGUUCAAACCACCUGCAGACCCUCGUGGACCCGCUGACCAACAUGCUGCAGAUGCUCCAGGAGUGCAGCCAGCUGGAGUUGGCCCUCCGAGUGUUCGUCAACUCCUACGGAAGCUGUCUGCAGCACAUCACCUCCAAUAUCAUGGACACAAAGCUCAGUGUUCAGCUUUACAAUAACCAGGAUCUGAAGAAGUACAACGUCAGCCUGAGUUAUGUCAGAAACACAACGGUAUCCACGCUGAACGCUGUGGCUUUGGGCCUUUUGAACAAGGUGUUUAAUUGGAGAGUGGUCGACUGUGAUUUGGCCGUCGGUCUUUGUACACUCCUACCCAAAGCAGAAGUCUUCAAACUGUUGUGGAAAGUUAUAGACAACACCUGGCAAAAUUAUGAUAAGAUCCUGGCGGUGGCGGAAAUCGGGGCCAAUUUGUGCAGUUUAUAUAACGAGCCAGAGGAGCAGAAGAAGUUUCUCUCCGUCAUCACGGACGCAGAGUGGGGAGUUAAGCUCGGAAAGUUGGGGAUCUCCAUCCAGCCGGUGUUUCGUCAUCAUCCGGAGAUGAAGCUCUGUCUGAUCCCUGAAAUGGUGAAGAACAGGAGGAUCACCGCUGACACUAUCCUCCAGUAUUGCAGUGCUUUUGGUCUAGACCGCGAUUGUGUCAUCAACCAGUACAUCACCACCAUGCUGCUGCUCCAGGAGGACGACGACAGCAGCUCAGGCGACGCUGGCUCAGGCCCGGAUGAGGGGCAGCCAAUAGGUGACGAGGAAGUUCUGGAGCGGGUCCUGCAGAUUAUCCCCAUGUUGAACAGCAGCUCCGAGCUCACCAGCAGUCUCUGCGCGGCGCUGUUUAAGCUCAGCCCCUACAACUACGAGCGGAUCGAAGUGGUGCUGAAGAUCUUGGAGGCUGCAGACGUGAACGUGACCGCCUUCUCCAUCAGCCAGACAUCAGGCCUCCUUCAGCACCUGAAGUCCUACAAGAGAGUCUCCCCUCCCUCAGACGUGGAGAACGUGUACCUUCUGGAAAACGGCCUUCUGCCGAACCCCUUGUCCAGCAGCAGGCUGCCUUUCCACCUUCUCAUGCAGACCAAACAUUUCUGGAAGAUUAUCUCUCCUGAGCUGAGUGAGGAGACGUUCCCCACACUUCUCCUUAUUAGCAAACUGUUGAAGGUCAGGCUCGAUAGCCUUUACAUGUCGGCAGCAAACCACGUGUUUGAGAAGAUGAAACCCUCCAUCUUUGAGCAAAGGAAGAAGGGUCAGGGCUGCGGCAAGGAGAUUCUGAAGGUGACCGAGACCAUGAGGAAGUACAUCGAGUGCAUCCAGAACCUGGAGUGGGCCGUGGCCACCGCCCACAAGAUCGCACAGGAGCUUCCGGCAGGCUCGGAGAAGACGCAGUUUCUUCAGUUCUGUCUGGGUCUUGGAGAGAUGUGGCUCAAAGAUCCGAAUCUUGAGGAGAGGGGCCGAGGGGAGACCUUUGUGUCCAAACUGAAGCUGCAGUUCCAGCGCUCGGCCACGGAGAACGUGCUGAUAAGCAGUCAGCUGAGCAGCCCAGAGCUGCUGAAACUGACCGGGCAGCCGGCCCGGCUCAUCGUGACGCUGUACGAGCACAGCAGCGUGGAGCAGCGCUACAGAGAGACGGCGGGUCAAACCUUUCCCGACUUACACGCUGCUGUGAGGGAAAUUGCCACAAUCAACAACGUGGACCUUGUGAAAAUCCGCAACAUGCUGAUGGAAAAAUGGAUCUGCAAAACUGGCCCAGCUGUAACCAAGGAAAUGGGAAAUCAAGACUGUGUCACCAACAUUGAGGAGGAUCCCAACUUAAUGAGGGUGGUCUACAUGCUGCAGUCCUACCCUGUAAACGAUGUAAUCCACCUCCUGAGCCCUAUGCUUUCUGCCGAAACCUGGCCGCUCAGCUCGUCCGGGCCUCGCCUGACCUCCUGCCACCGAGCGCGAGUGCUGCUCUGCCUCAUCCGCCUCGCCGACGCCGUCACUCUGGAGGCUCAGCUGCAGAUCCCAAGGAGCAAACUAAAGUAUUACCUGAAGGCCUACAUCUUCGUGUCUCAGCUGGAGGCGUUAAAUAGCCCCUACACCGUGCAGUCCUUCCUCAACAGUCCCAAGGAGGGCUUGGUUAAGGGGCUGUGGAAGAACCACAGCCACGAGCCACAGGCUGUGCGUCUGGUGGCCGACCUGUGUCUGGAGUACCAGGUGUAUGAUCCUCAGCUGUGGAACAGUCUGCUGCAGAAGCUGCUGGGCUUCAACUUGGUCAGCCAUCUCCAGAAGGUGCUGGAGGCGAUCGUGGCAGUGCCAACUUUAUGGGAGAUUUCCAGCUUCUCCAGGACUUGGAGGAGUAUGAUUCUGGCUCCUUUUGUCUCAGCAUCACUUCCUUUGAACCCAGACCAGCAAGCGAUGCUCUACAGGACUUUUGUUCUCUUGCUCAAGUGUCCCUUCCUCUUGAAUCUGGACUUGAUAGGAAUUGCGAACCGCUUUGCGCAGUUCAAUCUUCCUGCCUUCGCUUUGGGAACCCUGCUGCUCAUCCCCUGUGCAACAAAAAGAGCUCAGCAGAUCCAGGGCUUUUUGUCCUUGUCCAACCCGGUGGCUAUCCUCGAGCAGGUGGAUGAACUUAUGAACACUGGUGAAUUGGCUGGAAUCCCUUCACAGAUCAGGGCGACCGUAUUAAAGUUUAUCGGUCGACACGGACAGCACCAGCAGCUGAUGAAGACGAAACACUUCGACCGCCUGAAGCAGCUCGUCGCGUCCGGUGGCCAACCCGGCCAGGUGAAGGAGUUGGUGGAGUUCCUGAUCAGCCAGAACUGUCAGGAGGAUGCCGAGUCGCUCGCUGUACCUGAAGCCCACGCAGCACCAACGGGGGAAAACGCUGCCCACCGGCUCACUUUGACAGGGCUGCCUGAAGGAAUUUCGCAACAUGACUAAUGGAGUAUCUGGAUGACGCCUCUCUAUAUUCAGUUGUAUUUUGAGUUGCAAUAUUUGCACAUAGCAUUUGUCUUUUAAGGUUUUUUUUGCAUACUUUUGAAUAAACUUUUGACACUUUU